AUGUCGAUCGGAGAGGCCAUUGACAGCCUGGGCAAAAACUGCUCUCAAGUUCACGAAACGACCAAGCAUUUUGCCGGGGACAUGUCGGCCCUCGUAGAUGCGGCCCAUCCAACCCUCUCAAUUGCUGAUAAGGAAACCAGAUCUCCCCCACCCAUUUCUUGUGAUACCCCCAGCCGAUUUACAAGAGGCCGUAGCACUAGCAGGGAGAUUACGGCAAGUGGCGAAAUCACGAUGGCCAAAUCAACCAGGCCCUCAGAUUCCAGACCGCCAGGUUUACCACUGGAAGAUUUCGGCACCUUCGGCAUACAGCGGCCUCAGAGAGAUAUCAUUGCAGCUCGCGACGAACAGGUUUCCACGGAGCAAAUACGACGUCGCCGACGACGCCAAAACAUUCCACGAACCCUCGUAUUUUUCCUGGCCGCCAAGAUACAGGGUAAGAUUGACUUCUAUGGCUUCCCAAACAGGACAUGA